GAUGGACACAGCAAGAUCUUUUCCAUAUCAGUAAACAGUUAAAAGGAAAAUGAAACCUACCUUAUCCUUGUGUUUGUUGCUGGCUGGUUUAUGUGCUGUUGUCCAGUGUCGGCACCCUCGCUACCGCAGUAAGCAGGAUGAUCCAAAAGCAUCAUAUUACCCAGGACGCAGUUCUCGUGAGGAGGUAGUUUAUCCAUUUAGGAACAAAACCUUUGCUAAACUGAUUCCCAGCAAUGCUGACUUUGCAUUUUCAUUUUACAAGCUGGUCACAUCCGAAGCAACUCAUCAAAAUAUUUUCUUUUCACCCAUAAGCAUCUCUGCUUCCUUUGCAAUGUUGGCACUCGGUGCUGAGGCAGCAACACUGACGCAGAUUCUGGAAGGGCUUGCCUUUAACCUGAAAAAGACUCAGGAGCAGCAAAUACAUGAGGGUUUUUGUCAGCUCCUCCACAUGCUGAACCGUUCAGACAGUGAGCUCCAGCUGAGCCUGGGUAACGCCCUUUUUAUAGAAGAGGCACUAAAACCACUACAGAAGUUCUUGGAUGAUGUCAAAAGCUUUUACAAUUCUGAAGUCUUUUCUACUGACUUUAACAACUCCUCUGGUGCUGAGAAUCAGAUCAACAGUUACAUUGAGGAAAAGACCAAUGGGAAAAUUGUUAAACUAGUAGAAAACAUUGAUCCUCUCACUGCAAUGAUUCUCGUUAACUAUGUCUUCUUUAAAGCCCAUUGGGAGAAGCCCUUCAGUACUUUGUAUACAAAACAGGAGGAUUUUUUUGUGGAUCAGGAAACAUCUGUAAAAGUUGACAUGAUGUAUCGAAAGGGUUACUACAGAAAUUACUUUGAUGAAGAGCUGUCCUGUUGGUUGGUUCAGAUACCUUACAAUGGAAAUGCUGCAGCAUUAUUUGUUUUGCCUGACGAAGGGAAGAUGAGGCAGGUGGAAGAUGCUCUCUUGAAAAGAACUGUUUCAAAAUGGGAAAAGCUCCUCCAAGACAGAAAGAUACACCUGCACGUUCCAAAAUUUUCUAUUUCUGGUACCUAUGAUGUGAAAAAGAUAGUCAAACAAGUGGGUAUGAUUGAUCUGUUCACUGAACAAGCUAAUCUGUCAAGGAUUACUGAAGAGCCUGGACUGAUGGUUUCAAAAGUGAUUCACAGAGCUGUGCUGAAUAUUCAUGAGAAUGGCACUGAAGCAGCAGGGGCCACAGUGAAGGAGAUUACUUGGAGAUCUGGCGAUUUUCCUCACCCUCCUCGAGUCAAAUUCAACAGACCCUUCCUCCUAGUAGUCCUGGACAAAAACACCCGCACGGUCCUCUUCAUGGGGAAAGUAGUGAACCCUCUGAAAGGAUGACUGGUCAGACAGAGAACAUGUACUCAGUGCACUUUGCUGGAUAAAUUCCUGUCAUCCAGCACCUACUGCAGUGUCCUAAUGCUCAUCUUCCAGCCUUUCUCUUUAUAGACACUGUUAAUCCCCUGGAACAUAAAAGCUAUCUUUCCUUGUCCAAAAGUCACUGGUAUUUCCCCCUCGUGUAUAUAGCUCGUAGUGGUAAUGAAAUCAUUCCAUUUUCA